CUGAAUUUGAAAUAUACAUGCUUGCAGAGCCCGUCUACGGAUAUUAGACAUUCUGAUGCUCUCUAGUUUUACUGUGGAGGGACAAAACGCGCUGAGUUGCAUGCAAAAUGGGUCCUGUUGAGCAUCUCCACAUGUCCGUGUUCUCCCAGAGUUAUUCUCCCUGUGGUCGCUUUCUUGCUGCGGGCAACAAUUAUGGGGAGAUAGCAGUGUUCAGUCUCUCAUCGGCUCUAAGCUCGGAUGCAACGGAGCAGAGCAAGAAAGCCAUCCUUACUUUUACAGCUCACGAUGGACCGGUUUUCUCUCUCAUCUCCACUGACUCUCACCUGCUCAGCACAGGCAAUGGAGAGAUCAGUGCCUGGAGCUGGGUGGAGCUUAUCAAGAGGAAUACCAAGGCUUCUUGGACAAGAAGGCCAAACUACAAAUCCAGCUUGGAGAUUCCAGAGAUUAACUCCAUGAUCAUCAAUCCUAAAGAUAACAGUCUUGUAGUUGGUGGAGGGGACAAUAACAUCCACGUAAUGGAUAUGGAGCAUGGAGUCUUCAAGUUAGCUCUUCAGGGCCACACAGACUACAUCCACUGUUUGAAUGUGAGAGAGAGGGAAGGAGAGAUUCUCUCAGGCGGAGAGGACGGCUCUGUGAGGAUAUGGGACAGUCGGACCGGACAAUCCGUGCACUGUAUUGAAGUUUACAAAUAUGAGACCUGUGCCCGCCCCCAGUAUGGCAAGUGGAUCUCCUGCCUUGCUACAGACUCUGACUGGAUGCUCUGUGGAGGAGGGCCAUCCCUUUCUCUCUGGCACCUUCGAUCCAUGUCCCCCACCUCUGUCUUCCCCCUAGCAGGCUGUCAGCGACAAGCAACCUUCUACCAGGACAUGAUCCUGUCUGUGGGUGAAGGCCAGUGCGUGUCCCACUGUCUUCUGGGGGGCGAAGUGAAAGCCCAGAUUCCCUGCACCCCCCAUUCACUCAACACUCUGGCUUUUAACCGCAACAGCACUGAACACAGGGUGCUGACAGUAGGAGGCAGCAGUGACCAAGUAGAUGUAUUUACCAACCUGUCCUAUAGAGCAUUUUCCCUGUCCUUCUAAGGCACAUCUUACCAUAUCGUUGCAAAAUGUGUAAUCUUGCUGAAGUAAUAAAGUGCGUCUAGUAUUUAGAGUAAUUGUAUAUGGAUGGACAUGAGUUUUUAUUGGUGAAAACUGAUGGUUUUUAAAUCUAUUAAAUAUUUGUCUACAUUUG